AUGAACACCCGUCAAUCCAUCGAUGACUCCAUCGGGCCAUAUUCACUAUCAGCAACAUUUAACCAUGAUAACAGCUGCUUCUCAGUUGGCCUAGAGACAGGCUUCUGUGUAUACAAUGCCAACCCUUGCGAGCUCAAGGUCAUGAGAGAUCUCAAUGCGGGUAUCGGAAUAGCGGAAAUGCUUGGCCAGUCGAAUUACAUGGCCAUCGUUGGGGGUGGAAAGAACCCUAAGUUCCCGCAGAACAAGUUGGUUAUUUGGGACGAUGCUAAACAGAAAGUGGCAAUCACUCUGGAGUUCCGCACCUCUGUCCUUGGGGUCCGUCUCUCCAAGUCAAAGAUCGUCGCUGUAUUAUUGAAUAGCGUCCAUGUCUUUGCAUUCUCCAACCCACCAAAGAAACUCUCGGUCUUCGAGACCUCUGACAACCCUCUGGGGCUAGCCUGUCUCGACUCUAAGGUGCUGGCCUUCCCUGGUCGGUCCCCAGGCCAGGUCCAGAUGAUAGAGCUGGAGACCGGCAACAUUAGCAUCAUACCCGCGCAUAGCACACCAUUGCGUGCCAUGGCUUUGAGUCCGGAUGGGAAGCUGCUGGCAACGGCGAGUGAGCUGGGAACGCUGGUUCGUAUAUUUGCUACAGGAAAUUGCACGAAGCUCGCAGAAUUGCGACGCGGCGUUGAUCACGCGUUAGUAUUUUCAGUUGCCUUUUCUCCAUCCAACACUUUGUUGGCGGUGACUUCCGACAAGUCGACCCUCCAUAUCUUUGAUAUCCCCCACCAGCAGCCGGUCUCCCGUCGCAGUCAGUCGCCGACACCGGUGGCAGAGGAAGCAUCUUCUAGCCACAAAUGGGGAAUCCUCGGCAAGAUCCCUCUGCUUCCUCGUGUGUUUUCAGAUGUUUAUUCAUUUGCAAAUGCACAUUUUGAGAUUGGCGAGCAAACCAAUCCCAGCUCGCCAUAUGUGUCACCAGUUGGAUCUUCACUUGGUCGGCCCCAAAAAGGACUCAUCGGCUGGUGUGACGACCAAACUAUUUUGGUAGUCGGGUCUGGGAGAGAAGGGCGCUGGGAGAAAUUCGUGAUUCGGGAUGGGGAGGAAGGCAAAAGAUACUGUCUGCGGGAUGGCUGGAAGAGGUACCUUCGCGGUUGA